UUAUGGUUUUGAUUUUUGGUCAAGGUAAGGAACAUUUAGACUGAUCAAAAGAAAAAGGCAAUGGAUGGUGGUGGUUAUUGAAAUGGCCAAACAGAUGAAAAGAAAGGUAACUUUCAAAAGUUGCUUUCUUUUUUUCUUGUCACUGUUUCUUUAUCUUUCUCUUUCUCACACAUCUCUUUCUUAUACCCACACCACUCUUGAGAGAGCAGAUCAAUAGAGAAAAAAACUUGGCUAGUUUUUCUCCACAAGGUUUUUUCUGCAAACAUGUCUGAACUUGCAUUGUCAUCUCAAGAAGAGUCUCCAAGUAGUAAUAAGAUUGGUUUAUCUUCUCUUCUUCUCUCUGACUUUCAUCUCUUUUGCUCAUUUAUCCUCACUCACCCUUUCUAUUUUUCUUACUUGCUCUUCUUUUCACCUUACAUCUUCAAGAUUCUCUCUUUUCUUUCACCACUCUUUGUCACCACCACACUCUUGCUUCUUGCCUUAUUGAGUACUUUACAUGUUCAAGACACUUGUCUCGACUCUGAAUCACUAGAAACACAACCAAGCUUCCUUUUCUCCUUUUGUAGUAAGCUUGGAAGUGUCUUGGAACACAAGUUUGAUGUCAACAAUGAGGGUUUUAAGUCAUUGGAGGAGUUGGAAGCGUAUAAGAUGGUCGUCGAGGCUUGCUCGAUGGAAUGUGCGUCCGAGAAUGAGAUAUGUUCGGAUGAAUUGACGUUUGUUGACAAAUUCUGUAGCCAUGAGAGCACGGUGUCGGAAUCUUUGACCGAUGAGACCCUUGAGGAGCAAGUUGAGAUCCAACCGUUGAAGUUUGAGGAUGUGAUUGUUUUGGAGAAAGAAGAAGAAACCAAGAAAUGUGAAAAGGAAGAAGUAGAAGAACAAAAAGUCAAGCAUAAAAGUGACGUUGUCCUCGAUAACAGAGAAGAGCCGACAAAAGAAGAAUCCAAAGCUCAAAAAGUUGACCUUGUCGGAGAUAGUAAUAAUGAAAGUUAUGAUCUCCCAAAACUGAGCAAUUUUCUCGGAGAAGGAGAAGGUAAAAGAAAUGUAGUGACUAAGAACGAAGAAGAAGAUAAUGUUUCUCUCCAAAGCUUUGGAUCAAUGAGAAAAGAGAAAGAAUGGAGGAGAACAUUGGCUUGCAAGCUAUUUGAAGAACGACACAAUGCUGACGUUGGACAAGGCAUGGAUCAGCUGUGGGAGACUUACGAGACACAAACAGAGAAGAAGCAGCAAACCGAAGAAGAGAAGAAGAAGCUCAAGAAGAAGACGAAGUCGAUGAUGAAGACAAAGAGUAUAGAGAAGGAAGUUAUAGUGGAGGAGGAAGAUGAUGAUGGGAUUGAUCAUCAGCAACUUUGUUGUUUACAAGCUUUGAAGUUCUCAACAGGGAAGAUGCAUUUGGGAAUUGCGAGGCCUAACCUUUUGAAGCUAUCUAAGGCUUUCAAAGGCAUUGGACGUUUUUACAAUGCUAACAAACAUUCCAAGAAAGCUUGAAAAGGAGAUGAAUAAUAAAACUUUGUAUUAAUUGGGAUCUAUAAACAAUGUAACUUGUAAGUUUCCAUUGUUUUGGGCAAGUUCUAUGAACAAUGUAAGGGAAAAUAAAAGGUAAAGGCUAGGAUUUUGCCAUAUGUGUUUAGCUUUGAUCUUAACUUUCUUUCCUAUCCUUGUAUAUUUUGGGACGGAUAACCCGUAAUGGCCCGUAUCGAUUGAGAAUUACUUGUCCCAUAAGGCAUGUUACCGUUGAAAUAUUUACCUUUUUUAAAAUGUAAAUUUUUGUUUAACAA